AUGACCAAGAGAUCAUUGAUAACUGACUAUUUCUCACAGGCUAAAGUAGUUGCUAAGAAACCUAAGUCGACAGACACGUCCAAGGUUUAUGAAAAGACCCCAAUAGCAGCUCCAAGCAAAGGAAAUGACAAGACAUUGACGACAAAGAAUAAUCCACUUGUUACCAAUCAAUUCACAACUUUUAAUAAGCAAGAAUGGAUAAACAGUCUAAAGCCCGAGCAAAAAGAGUUGUUACAAUUGGAAAUUGAUACAUUACAUAUCUCGUGGUUGUCGGUGUUAUACAAGGAACUAACCAAACCCUAUUUCCUAAACUUGAAAAAGUUUCUUCACUCGCAACAACAACAGUCGAAAACAAUCUUCCCCAAAGCUCAAGAUAUUUAUUCAUGGUCCAAUUUAACUCCGUUACCCAAUGUCAAAUGCCUCAUACUCGGCCAGGACCCAUACCAUAACCAUAAUCAGGCUCAUGGUUUAGCAUUUUCCGUUUUGGAACCAACAAGACCACCACCUUCAUUAGUCAAUAUAUACAAGACAUUGGCAAUAGAUUUUCCCAAUACUUUUAAAAUACCCGAUUGCAAUGAGUUGGCAAAGCAAGGUAAACCAGGUGGUGGUAAUUUGACGAAAUGGGCGAAACAAGGUGGUGUGUUGAUGCUAAAUGCCGUCUUGACAGUUGAAGCUCACAAGGCAAACAGUCAUGCCAAUAAAGGAUGGGAACAAUUUACUGAACAAGUGAUUAGAGUAGCUUUAGAAUACCAUAAAGAGAGAAACAGUGGGUUUGUGAUUAUGGCAUGGGGAUCUCCGGCGCAAAAGAGGUUAAAGUCUUUCGAGAAGUUGUUAACUAGUAAGAAUAAUGAUUGUCAGUUUUUGGUGUUGAAGACGGUACAUCCAUCUCCCUUGUCUGCACAUCGGGGGUUUUUCGACCUGCAGGUGUUUAAAAAGUGCAAUGAAUGGUUAGAAAAGAAUAAUAAAGAUGUAAUUGACUGGAGUGUGUACUGA